AUGGGUGAGGCCGCCUUCUCUGUGGACUUCCCGGCCCAGCCUGACAGCGAGGAGCAAAGGCCAGCGGGCAGGCCGCACAUCUGCUGUGUUCCUCCUCCGCGGGCCCCCACCUCCUUCAGCAGGAGUCCCCGCCUGGCCAAAGCAAAGCCCAAAGGGGGAGCCGCGGCCGGGGGGCAGCUCCAACCCAGCAGCCUGCGCCGGGAGGAGCUGGAAGACACCAAGCCCCAGGAGCUGCCCAUCGGCCGAGCAAGUCCCGCUCCCGAGGGCGGCUGGGUGAGCGCGGACGAGUCCUCCGGGUACGAGAGCGAAAGCGCCGCCUCCUGCAUCCCCUCGUCGCCGGGGGAGGACGAGCCCCAGCAGCGCAGAGUGCGGACCGCCUUCACCCCGGAGCAGGUCGGCAAGCUGGAGAAAACCUUCAAGCGGCAGAAGUACGUGGGGGCGGCGGAGAGGAGGAAGCUGGCGGCCGCUCUUCAGCUGUCCGAGAUUCAGGUCAAAACCUGGUUCCAGAAUCGCAGGAUGAAACUUAAGAGGCAAAUACAAGACCACCAUCAUAGCUUCAUAUCUUCAGAUCCCUUCUAUGGCUAUAAGCAAGGGACCCUACCAAAUAUGUUACAGGAUUAUUCCCACUAUCCUAGUCCACAGCAACAAAGACUUCUGCCUUUUACUCCUAAUUGUGCUUUACAGUUCAACUCUUCCUUUCAAAUAUAUGACUCCCAAAACCCAUCAUAUGCCCUUAGGGCACAUGAUCUGCCUUUUUUCCACCAACACUUUCUACCACAAUUCUCUGUCCAUCCAGUUAUACAGAACAAAAUGGACAACAAACAAUUUAAUCCUCUUCAAACAUUAUAA